AUGCUGUUGGUCCUGCUGCUGCUGCUGCUGCUGCCCCUCCCUGACCCGUGGUCAGCCUAUGGACACCCUCUGUACCUGCGUCUGCCCCCCAGUACCCUGCAAGUUCUGUCCGCACAAGGAACCAAAGCACUGCAGGCUGCCCAGAGGAGAGCCCGGUGGGCGGUGCAGCGGAUGGCCAGGGAGAUCCAGCACAGGCUGCGAGAGUGCCAGCCUUCAGGCCCGCGGAGUCUCAGGCCUCCAAACGCGCUCCUCCAGGACACACCUGAGCCAGGGUUGUGUGGCCAGCGGCACCCAGGGAGUACCAACGUGACUCAGGCUCAUGGCCGCAUCGUGGGGGGCAGCAAGGCGCCCCCGGGGGCCUGGCCCUGGCUAGUGAGACUGCAGUUCGACGGGCAGCCUCUGUGCGGCGGCGUCCUGGUGGCAACGUCCUGGGUGCUCAGCGCGGCGCACUGCUUCGAGGGCGCCCAGAACGAGCUUCUGUGGACCGCAACUCUGGCCGAGGGGCCCCAGGGCGAGCAGGCGGAGGAGGUGCUGGUAAACCGCAUCUUACUCCAUCCCAAGUUUGACCCGCAGACCUUCCACUACGACCUGGCCCUGGUGCAGCUGUGGACACCCGUGAGCCCCGAGGGCCCGGCGCGCCCCGUGUGCCUGCCCCAGGCGCCCCGAGAGCCCCCCGCCGGCACCGUUUGCGCCAUCGCGGGUUGGGGAGCCCUAUUUGAAGACGGGCCAGGGACAGGGGCAGUGAGGGAAGCCCGCGUGCCCCUGCUCGGCAUCGACACCUGCCGGCGUGCCCUGGGGCCCGGACUGCGCCCCAGCACCAUGCUCUGUGCCGGCUACCUGGCGGGGGGCAUCGACUCGUGCCAGGGCGACUCCGGAGGGCCCCUGACCUGUUCCGAGCCUGGCCCACAUCCCAGGGACGUCCUAUUCGGAGUCACCUCCUGGGGGGAUGGCUGCGGAGAGCCGGGGAAACCCGGCGUCUACACCCGCGUGGCUGUAUUCAGAGACUGGAUCCUGAAGCAGAUAAGUGCGGUCCCCUCCAGCCGCGAGCCCAGUUGCAGGGAGCUUCUGGCCGAGGACCCGCCCGAGGAGGCGCACGCUGCCGCGGCCCCUGCCUGCGCCUUCUACGCGCGAAGGUGCGCGGGUCCUGGGAACGCCUGUGCGCGCCUGGCGCACCAACAGUGCCUGCAGCGGCGGCAGCGAUGUGAGCUGCGUUCAAUGGCACACACGUUAUUGGGCCUGCUCCGGGGCGCCCAGGAACUACUCGGCCCGCGCCAGUGGCUGCGACGCCUGGCUCCAGUGGGCCCCUCACCGUGGCUUCGGGAGCUGCCACGGGCAGGUUCAAGUGCAGCAGCCGCGCGCCCCCGGAGGCCAAAGCCGGAGCUGCACGCGAAGGAGCACGGCUGCCCUGGGCUGGAGUCCCUACAACAGAAGUUGGCAGCCCUGCAGGACACCCACGCGUGGAUCCUGCGCGUGCCCUCGGAGCACCUGGCCAUGGACUUCCACGAGGUCCUGGCUGAUCUGGGCUCCAAGACGCUGAGUGGAUUAUUCCACGCCUGGGUGCGUGCUGGCCUGGGGAGCCGGCAAUUAACCUUCAGUGGCCUGGUGGGGCUGGAACCGGCGACCCUGGCAAGGAGCCUCCCGCGGCUGCUGGCCCAGGCCCUGGCGGCCUUCCGUUUGGCAGCUCAAGGGGGGAGAGAGCCAGAGGGAUCCUGGAGGAGCAGGAGGUCGGACUAA